AUGACUGGAACAAGAUAUUUGUGUGUGUUUCUACUUCUGCUGAUACCUGCCAUCAGCACUGAAUCUACAGGUACAGAGGUCACCAGUUGUGAGGCGUGCCAUGAGCAUGCUGGCUGUUCCACAGACCAGACCUCCAGAGUUACCUGUGCCUGUGGCAAUGGUUUCAUUGGUAAUGGUCUUGGCUGCUACAAUAGCACACUAUGUGGUGCUGCCAACUCCCCUUGCUGCAGCGAGGGUUAUCACUGGUCCUCUGAGCUUGGUUGUGUGGAUGUAGAUGAAUGCGCAGCAGAUGUGCAGCCCUGUUUGGCCCCACUGGUCUGCAAAAACACAGCUGGGUCCUUUAACUGCUUGUUGCCACCAGUCAACUACAAUCCGCUCUCGAGCCUUCGUACUGUGCAAUUCAGCUGUGGCAGCAUGGUCUGUAAUGUGGGCCGAGACUGUGUGGUUGUAGAUGGCACUGCUCGCUGUCUUGACCCUUGCCAGCACUACACAGUCCUUGAUGAUGCUUGGCGUUCUUCCAACCAUCACACCAGUACAGAUGCAAAGUGCGAUAUGCAAGUGAACUGGCAGGGCUGGUACCGUAUGUUCUUGGGUGGGGAGAGUGUGCAGAUGGCUGAAAGCUGCCUGGAGCCCUGGACCUGUGGCACUCAAGCUCCACUCUGGCUCAAAAGCCCACAUCCAGUGGUGUCAGAUGGUGUAGUGCAGGGCGAUGUGUGUGGUAGCUGGACACAAGGCUGCUGUAACUUUGAGUUUCCCAUCCACGUCAAAGCUUGUCCUGGAAACUAUUAUGUCUACAAGUUUGUUAAGCCACCACUUUGCUUCCUAGCUUAUGGAGCAGAUGUGAACACCAAGGUGUGUGGGACAUGUAAAGAAGGAGAAAACUGUGUCAGUGAGGACAAGACCCACUGGAAGUGCGAAGCUAAAACUAUUGUGAGACUAAUCAAUGGAGAGAACCAAUGCCAAGGCCGAGUGGAGUUGUUCCACAGCGGGACAUGGGGUACAGUGUGUGAUGAUGACUGGUCACUGAGAAAUGCCGAGGUGAUUUGUCGACAGCUAGGCUGUGGCACAGCCCUGGAAGCCCCCCAUAAUGGGCACUUUGGUUCUGGAAGUGGGCCCAUAUGGUUAGAUAACGUGGUGUGCCAGGGCGAUGAGUCCUCCAUAGCACACUGUAGUCACCAGGGAUUUGAGGUACAUAACUGUGGUCACAAUGAGGAUGCCGGUGUUGUAUGUGAAGAAGCACCUACCCCCCUUCCUAAUCCUGAGAUUGUGUGUAGUAGCAAUUCCAUGCAGGUGGGUCUUCCCAAAACCCUCCAUUCAGCCACAGUCUUAGACACUCUGUCAGGUCACAUGGCUGACCCACAGUGUAAUAUGCACCUGGAACGUAAUGGGACCAUCUGGUACCAGGUACAGAGACGAGAUGGUAUCUGUGGAAAUGUGAUGAGGACCAACAGUACACAUGUUGUAUUCUCCAACACACUGUUUGUUUAUCCUGCCAUGGAAAACGUUACAUUCACAUUGCCAGUGGGCUUUCCAUUCUCCUGUGUGUAUCCUCUGGACAUGCAAGCUGACAUGCAUGUUGUUGUUAAACCUUACCUCUCCAUGCAGGAGAUGGGUUUGGUGGGCUUUGGUCCUGGAGCCCGGGCUAUCAUGUCUUUGUAUCAUAAUGUCACCUUCACUGAGCCGUACCCGGAGGGUGCAGUUACGUUGCCAGUGGGCUCUGCUCUCAAUGUGGGAAUUAAUACAGAGGGAGUGGAGAAAGGAACCUUUGUGGUUAUACUGGAAGACUGCUACACCACCAAUACCUCAACCCCAGAUGAUCCUAUUAGACACUAUUUCAUCAAGAACAGGUGCAUCAGUGACCCUCUGCAUGUCACCGUGCUAGAGAGUGGAUCUUCUCUCCAGGCACAUUUCUCUGCAAUGCUUUUUCUCUACCAGAAUAACUAUAGGGAUAUGUUUGUACACUGCAGCCUCAGCUUGUGUGAUAAGACAGCAUCUUCCUGUUCCACUGAGUGUUUAACCAGGAAGUCGCGCUCCAUCGCCUAUAGAAGGGCACUCACUGUUGGACCAAUUACCUGGGCCAAACAAUAAAAGUAAACUGAAACAAAGGUACUUGGUCUGAUUCACAGCAUGAUCAAUCAUUCAUGGAAGAAUGUAUUUGUCAUGUAGUUGGAAGAAAUGUCAUGGAAUUGGAAGAAAUUAUGUCUGUGAAGAC